AUGUGUUCUUUCAAAUGCCACCUACUUUCUAUUCCGAAUGACCUCCCACUCGCGUUGAUCAGACUGGAGUGUCAGCGCUUGUUUGAUCUGUUUUCCUGCAUUCAUGAGAGAGGAACCGUCCCAGAAAACUGUAGAGAAUCGGUGGCACUUGACCCUGACCGUAACGAGACUGUUGGCGUCACUUAUCCUUCGUUGCUUUCUGGUGACUCGCGAGCAGCAAGCGGAAUUCCUGCCAGGUUAAGGUGGAGUAGACUGAAUCUCUAUACUGCGUCAGGUGCUGGAACAACGCCAUAUGUACAAACGAUUCCCAAUUUUAGUAUUCCUGGAUUUCUACGCCACCGAGCUCCUGGUCCGGAUGACCCCACACCCGCACUGUCCAAGGACGGGGGUGAACUCCUCAGUCAGCGCUUUUUCCGAUCUCAGGCGAGGUGGCUCAACUGGUUAGAGCGCGAAUUUAUUGACCGGAAUGUCCGUGGUUCCGACCUCUACCUCUUGACUUCCCCUGUCUAG